AUGGCUUUGGACGGAUGCGGCGUUGUUUGCAAAUGUCUGCUUUACAUCUUCAACCUAAUUUUUGGGAUCCUGGGCAUCGCCAUGUUGGGUCUGGGCCUGUGGCUGAGGUUCAGUGAGAACACCAGACCAAUUUUCGAAAUGAACGCCUUUGACUCCACAACAUUUGUAAUCGGUGUGAUUGUACUGAUCGUGCUUGGAGUAGUAAUGUUGUUCGUAGUUUCGGUUGGAGAGCAUGCAGUCUGCUACGAGAAGAAAUGCGCUCUCCAUGCGUUCGCUGUGCUCUUGUUCAUCCUGGCGGCUGCGGAAAUUACUGUUGGAGUGCUUGCUUAUUCCUCAAGGGAAGAGGUUGGAAAGAAGGUUGCGGAGUUCUACAAUAGCAUCUACACUCUGUUUGUUGCCCGUAAAGAUGUUGGCAUUGGUGUUACACUAGUUUUCAUCCAUCAAAUGCUUCAUUGCUGUGGUGUGACUGGGAUAGCAUUGUUGGAAAUUGUUAAAGAGACUUGCCCUGCGCCACAAGGGGUCUUGGAGACGUUAUUAAUGCCUACAUGUCCCGGAGUCAUCACUGAUUUCUUCAACAACAAUGCACCGAUGGUGAUGGCCACCUUUAUUGGAAUUGGAAUGUCUUUGAUCAUUGCGCUGAUAUGCAGCAUGAUCCUCAUUCACAAGCUUAAUGUUUUCAGCUCAUCUUCUCAUUACAUCAUCUUGACCAACACUGCUCCUUCACUGUCUAACGUGUCGCAGCUUGAACUUGUCUCCGAGCCUGAUCAAGAACCAGUUAUUUUUACUCCUCUCACUGCAGUCAACAUCCCAGUAGUCCAGGCCUAG